AUGGAGGAAAUCCAGUCUUAUUCGGAUAAUUAUAGGUCUUCGUCAUCCUCAGCGAGUAGUCCUGCAGGCAGAGCACCGUCCGGCAACUUCUUCUAUUUGCGCAAACCAGGAUCCCAAAGACGGCCUAUCUCAUUUGAGGACUCACCCGAGUGGGAUGACGCAGAAAUUGAUGCCCAGCUCGAGGAAGGUGUCGACGCCAUCAAUGUAGGAACGGCGGCUACUUCCCCAUAUCUGUCGAACGUCAACAGUCUGUCAAUAGCAUCACCAUCAUUGCCGGAGGUUUCUGCGCCGGUGACAGAGAGAAAGAUUGCUGGGGCGUCAGUUGUCUGGAAAGAUCUGACCGUCACGGUGAAGGGGAAAAGGCACUACUCUGACAAAAUCGUGAAGAGUUCCAAUGGUUAUGCAUUGCCUGGAACUCUUACGGUAAUUAUGGGUCCUGCUAGGUCAGGAAAGUCAACACUACUGAGGGCAAUGGCAGGUUAGACCAAGAUGAUUGUGAUUAUUCCAUGUUAUGUUUCAAGUUCUCUUCAAAUGAUUCUAUGCAUUACUAUUUAUCUACUCGGUGAAGGAGAAGCAAAAAAGAACUGCUUAAUAAUAGUAGGACAAUGUUCAUUCUCAGGAGUUGGUUUUAGGCAGCAUCUUCACCUCUACGGUCCUGAUCAGCCACCCUGAGACUGGCGUUGGAUUAGCCCCUACCUGGUAAAAGCCACUAAAAGAAUACACAAAUUCCCAUUGCUGCAUCAGUGCAAAUUAAGGGCCUUGGAGAUAAAUAUUUACUUUGUCUAUCAUUGGAACAUAGAGAUUUGUUUGGACCGAAGAUUUGAACUAGUCAAAAAAAUAAAAUGUAUUAUGAGUUGGGGGUUUAUAUUUUUUGAGUCCUGUAUGUCUUAGCAUGUAAAUGAUAUUUAUAUUUCAUCCACAAAUAUCUCUUGUGGGUCAUGCCGUGAAUUUGCCUAUCUCUCAGUCCUCUCUUUGUUUGAUCUUUCUAAGGUAAAUUGCCGAGUCCUGCGAGAAUGUAUGGCGAAGUGUUUAUAAAUGGCUCAAAGGAGAGUAUGCCAUAUGGUACAUACGUAAGUGAUUCCAAUUGUCACGGUGUCCAGUGCCAUUGCUCGUUUUAGAACUGGAUUAAUCUUUACUUUACUUCCCAUUCUUGUCCUACAGGGAUAUGUUGAGAGGGAAGACACAUUGAUCGACUCUCUUACAGUCAGAGAGAUGUUAUACUACUCGGCACUUCUUCAGCUUCCUGGCUUCUUCUCACAGAAGAAAAGUGCAGUAGAGGAUGCCAUUCAAGCCAUGUCCCUGGCGGACUACUCUGACAAGGUCAUUGGUGGACAGUGCUAUGUGAAGGGUCUUCCAUCUGGAGAGAGGAGACGCAUUAGCAUUGCCAGAGAACUUGUGACUAGACCUCAUGUUUUAUUUGUCGAUGAACCUCUCUAUCACCUUGACAGGUUUCUUCAAAGUCCCCACUUUAGAUUUCAAUUUAUUGGACGCCUUUUUCUCCAAGGCAUUUUUUCUUACCCCUGAUUUUAUUUAUGCCUUCAGCGUCUCUGCGCUUUUGAUGAUGGUUACAUUGAAGAAACUUGCGGGCACAGGUUGCACACUCAUUUUCACAAUGUACCAAAGCAGCACAGAAGUUUUUGGCCUCUUUGAUCGGAUAUGCUUGCUUUCCAAUGGAAACACACUAUUUUUUGGGGAGACAUUGGCCUGCUUACAGGUAGAUGCUUCAUUUGUUUUCGCAUCCUGAACUGUGCUUCGAGAUUUGUGGCUUAACGUCUACAGCCUGAAUCGUUUGAUUGUAUUCUGCAUAUCAAUGGGUACCUUUUGUAAGAUAUAAAAAAUUUACAAGGUUACGAUUUCUCUCAUGUAACAUAUUUGGAAGUGACUAAUCUAGCAAUGUCUUUGAUUUUUAUGCAGCAUUUCUCAAAUGCAGGAUUUCCUUGCCCAAUUAUGCAGAGUCCCUCUGAUCACUUUCUACGUGCUAUAAAUACGGAUUUCGAUAGAAUCAUAGCCAUGUGCAAGAGUUUGCAGGUACAUGUGCCCUCAUUUGCCCCCAUUUAUCUGUAAUUUUUGUGUUGGGAAGGUUUUAUACACAACCGUACACAUGAUCCUUUGCAGGAUGACAAUGGGGAUUUUACAUCGGUGAACAUGGACACAGCAGUUGCCAUCCGGACUUUGGAGGCCACUUACAAACUAUCUUCUGAAUCAGCUGCUGUCGAAUCAAUGAUAGAAAAGCUUACCAAGAAGGUAAAGUUUUUUAAACUAAACUUUUCAUUAAACUGAGACUAUAAUGCACCUUUCUUCAGAUCACUUCUUCUUCAGUGUUUCUUUACAAGUUUGGAACUUUUUUUUUAAUUUGUCCGGAUACUUAGUAGCUUAUCAGCAUGUCUGUGCACCAGGAUGGGCCUCUUAUUAAGAGCAAGGGCAAGGUUAGUAGUACCACAAGGGUUGCGGUUUUGACAUGGAGGUCUUUGUUGAUUUUGUCAAGGGAAUGGAGAUACUUCUGGCUCCGUAUUGUUCUUAGUUUGCUUCUGGCAGUCUGUGUUGGCACAAUGUUCUUCAACAUGGGCCAUUCCUUGUCUUCUGUAAUGGUAAGUUCUUCCUGUAUCUCAGAAGCUUCAAGUGACCAGAUGGGAUGAAAACCCUGUGAACCCAUUGCAGCUAUAAUAAUCUCCCACUCCUAAACUUUCAGGUCAGAGUCUCAUCCAUCUUUGUGUUCGUAUCAUUCGUCUCCUUGCUAUCUAUUGCUGGAUUACCUGCGUAUAUCAAGGAAAUCAAGGUAAUCUCAUUUUAUCCCGACUAUCUUCCUCGGAUUCUCCUGUAAUGGAAAACCUUCUUACUCUACAGGUUUACGCUAGUGAAGAAUCUAACGGGCACACGGGAGCCCUGGUAUUCCUGCUCGGGCACGUCUUGGCCAGCAUCCCGUUCCUGUUCCUCCUCUCCAUUUCCACCAGCAUCGUCUUCUAUUUUCUGGUUGGGCUGAGGAGCGAGUUCAGCCUGCUGAUGUACUUCGUCCUGAACGUCUUCACCUGCCUCCUGGCCAACGACGGCCUGAUGAUGGUCGUCGCCUACGUCUGGCUGGAACCCUUUCAAUCCAUUCUGAACCUGGUCUUCAUUCACGUGAGUCCCCAUUAGAUCCCAUCACCAUCAUCAUCCCCGGAUGAGCGAAAAACGUUUCCUUUCCUUGUUUUCAGGUGAUCAUGAUGCUGGCGGCGGGCUACUUCCGCAUCCACAGCAACUUGCCGCGACCCAUUUGGAUGUACCCGCUGUCGUACGCCGCUUUCCAUACCUACUCUAUCCAGGCAAGUUCCCGCCGCCGCCCGCCGGCGUUGGUUCGCCCCUGCUAAUCUUCCCCGGCCGGCGUUGCUCUCGCAGGGGCUUUUGGAGAACGAGUACCUCGGCACGGCGUUCGCCGUCGGGCAAGUGAGGAGCAUCUCCGGCACCCAGGCCCUGCACGGCCUCUACACCAUCUCCUCUUCGAGCAGCGCCAAGUGGGCCAACCUGCUCGUCCUGCUCCUCAUGGCAGUCGCCUAUCGGGCCGUCCUGCUCGUCCUCCUCGGCUGCUCCGCAAGGACGGUCGUCUCCCGUUGCCGGCGGCGCGUGGCCGGCGUGUGUGCAGGGGCGCGGCGGAGGAAUUAG